UUGGCGCAAUGUACCGCUACGUACACCGGGUGGUGGGGCGCUCUUUCGCCGGGGACCCAGUGACACCUUUCGGCUGGCCAGUUCUUGUGCAGCCGUCGUUGCACGCACACCACGCGCUAAUAGGAGGUACAUACAAAAUAAUCUCCCGCUCUCUUCUUGAAUUAAAAAGAAGAAAAAAAAACGCGCGCUCGCGCCCAUCGUGAGUGAAACGGUGCAAAAGUUAUGUGUGAGUGAGAAAGCAUCAGGAUUUAACCAUCCAACAUCCACAAAAAAUUUAUAAUCACAAGAAGUAAAAAGAAAUUACACCGAGGAAUUGCAUAAGGAAUAAUAGGAGAAAAAAUAAGAGGAGGAGGUGUAAAAAAAGAGAAAGAGCGCCAAAAAUGAUGAGGGCCUUCGUGGCGGUAUGUGCCCUCUGGAGCGCCCUCGCUGUGGCAGAUGAUGUCCUUCAAACGAUAUCACCGUCGGUGGUUAAAGUACCCCCAGAUCAAGAUUUUGCCACCGUGCUCAUCGCCCAGAGCGACCGGCUACCCCAUGGGCGUGUACUCAACGUUAAACCCACAGUGGGUGUCAUCACAUCAACAGCCAGAACAUUCAUAAAUGGCGGUGCUACAACGGAAUUUGCAAGUCAAGUUCUUGCAACAACCCUCGCGGAUGGCCGGUAUGCACAUUUACUAGCUCGUAGCUCACGUGUCUUCUAUGAAGGUCAGAGCAGAUUACCCGCAUCAGCGGAUCCUAGACUCAAUGAUGUCACACAUGCUUCAUGGCCUGAUGUGGAGACAUUUAUUGGGAAUACAGACUUUGUGGUGACUCCUAUUGCCAGUCAAGCUGUUGUGGAACCAACAAUUAUCAUUGAACCCUCUGUGGUGGCUGUUAAAGUCACAGCAGUGCAACAGGAGACACCUUCUGUGGCUCCCAAGAGGGUUCCUGGAGAGAAUUUAGCCACAUUCACCGUAGGGUUUGAUACAAGUGGCGUUCCUGAUGCUGAAGCAGCUGAAAGUGAUCAGGAAUCCGGAAGAGAAGCACGAAAACUAUCAGGAUUCCCACUGGAUAUUGGCUCGAGUUUAGCCAGAGUAACGUACUACGGGUUUGCAGAUUUUACAACAACAGUUGGGGAUACAAUUAUUGUUUUCUCCCCAAGUACUGCUCAACCUGAACCUGGGCAUGUUACCUCAAUUGUGGGUGAACCAACACUCAGUGAAGCACCCAGGGUGACUCAGACAAGCCAAACAAGAGUUAAAACGCAAGAAAUCUUCAUUGAACCAACGCCAACGGUUACACAGGAGACUGUAGCAACAGUUGCACCUGAAACAUUUAGCGAGGAAACUCCACUUGAAACCCUCAUACAGGUGACACCAAGUCAGGAGACUCCCGCACCGGAAAUUCCAGCUGUUGAGGAAAUACCAAUUGAAGAAGAAAUUACCCCUGAAGUGGAGGAGGAGGAGGUGGUUGAAGAGCAAACAGAAGCAACGACAGAAGGUCUGGAAAUGCCAGAAGAGAAUGAAAUUUCACCACCAGUUGAUGCACCAAAACUCUCAACUCCCACAAAUGAAGAUAUAGCGAAGAUUUUUGAAUCAUUAGCCAAGCAAUCUUCCUCAGUGCAAGAAACAUUGGUAAGUGGAGGUGCUACAACAAUUUUCUUUGAAGAUGAACCAUUAGCACCAAGUGAAGUGGAAGCUCCAAGAACAAUUACAAGUGGAGAUUGCCAAAAUGCCGAAGUUCUCACCUAUUUGACGACAUUCUUCUUGACGGAUACCACGUCGGUGAAGACUAAUGAAGUAACACAGUGUCAUACAGCCUUGAAUACGGGUAUGACGGAACAUCCACCAGAAAUGGAAGCAUCGGAAACAACAUUGGGAACAACAGAGGCAGAAGAAGAAACCACAACGACAUUCAUUGAGGAAACAACUGAAGCAUUGGAAAUUACAACAGAAACCACCGAUGCUAUCACUGAGACAACCGAAGCUAAGGAAGUUGAAGUAAAGAAGGAGCCUGAAGGGGAGAAGAAGAACGAGCCAGAAGUGGAGAAGGAGAAGGAAGAACCUAAAGUGGAGAAAAUAAAAGAAAUUCAAAUAGAAAAACCAAAAGCACCUGAAUUGGUGAUUAAGAAAGAACCAGAAAAGGUGCUAAAAAUUGAACCAACGUCUGUUGUUAAAAAUGAACCAUCAACAGUUGCAAAUAGACUACAACCUGAUACGGAAUCAACAACAGAAGGCCUCUCGGAAAUUGAAUUAAUUUACAAAACUCUCUACACCACCUACACGUACCUCACGACAUUCUUCCACGAAUCAACAUCGAGUGUUUCAACGCGCAAAGAAGUUGUCACCAAUGUCGUUACGACAACCGUUACCCCCGCAAUGUUGGAGGAUCUUGCUGACAUUGUUAACAGUAUGGUGGCGGAAAAACAAGAAGGAAUUGGCGUUGGAAGACCCACAGUGGCAUAUACACCAACACCUAGCCUCGAAGAUGUAGCACGUGCUAUUGGAGGAGGAUCAACUGAUGGUGUUAGAACACUGUAUACAACCUACACGUACUUUACAACAAUUUUCGUUGAUGGUGAAACGGAUAUUUCAAGUAGGACGGAAGUUUACACGAAUUACGUCACACAGCCAGGGCAAAUUUUGCAAACUUCGGAAAUUUUGGAAAUUCAACCAACAGCAACUGAUAGUUAUUCAACAAUGACCAGAUCAACAGACGACAACGUCACGUUUAUGGUUACAGAUGUGAGAAGUUCAUCGAGCAAUGGGGAAAGUGAGGUCAUCAAUAAUCAGCUGGAGGAUCAAGUUAGUAGUGAGAGCAAUACUGAUGAAAUUCUUCCAUCAGCUACGCUAUUGCUGCAAACAUCCUACACAACAUUCACGUACUUUACAACAAUGUACAUGGGUUCAACAUCAAGUGUUGUUUCGCGUCUUGAAACAAUUACAAAUGUUGUCACGGAAACUGUUGAUAGGAUCACACCUGAAGCAACAUUGCCAAUUACGUACUUCACCACAUUCACCUACUGGACAACAUUAUUUAGGGAUGGAACAACAACAACAACCUCCAGGGAGGAGACAAUUUCGAAUGUUGUGAGUGAAAGCCCCGAACCGAGUAGUGCAACAAUUGAGACAAUAGUUGCAACAACACCCACAACAUACUUUACAACAUACACAUACUUUACAACAUCAUACGUGGGGGAUGAAACGGUGCUCAAUAGUCGCUUUGAGACUGUAACAAAUGUCGUUCCAGCACCCACAGUGGAGACUGUUACCCCUGAAAUGACAACGGAAACAACGCAUUCAAUUGCUGCUGUAUCAGCAGCACCAACAGCCAGGGCAAUUGAUGUGAAGAGUGUGAAGGCAAAUGCAAUUGAAGAUGGCCGAAGGAAUGUCAUAUCACGCAAUCAUGGGAAAAUUGUUGAUGCUGAUGGAAUUACGACAAUUUUAUUCACAACUGAAGGCGUUGGGACGCUAAUUGACGGCUUGUAUGCCCAGAUUAUUGAGAGUACAUCGACGGUUGUUGUGGAUGAAUCACGCACAGCACAACCAACAACAGCCCUUCCAACUGGCUUAGUACGCCUCAUUGAUGGUACAAUUGUAACAAAUCACACAACAACACUGUAUCAAUCGCGUGUAAUUGGGACGGUUAUCGAUGGAAGGUAUGCUCAGAUAAUUGAAAGUACAUCGAGCUAUCUCAUUGAUCGUACAAUGGCACCAGCAACAACAACUGCAACACCAACAAUUGAACCAACACCCGAAGUUACGGAAACGACAGAAACGGAAGAGCCACCGGAAGUUGCGGAUACAACACGUGGCGGAGGGCUAUUUGCAACGCGAAAGAGAACCUUUACACCGGUAAUUAGGCCAUUCUCAAGUCGUGCAAGACCUACAUUUAACCCCAUUAAGCGAAAAGGAGCAACAACGAGUGCUCUAACAGUCACAAGAACGGAUUUAACGCCCACAAUUAGGGCAACUCCUGCAUCGAAGGUUGAAUCAAAGGGGAGAUUCACAUCGAGGAGAUCUUCAUCGCCAUCGAGUUAUUUAGCACCAUCAAGUAGUAGUAGUAGUUAUGGUGGUGGAAGUAGUAGUAGACGAUUCUCCAGGCCACGUCCAAUUGCUCCAUCUUCCACAAGACGACCUCAGGCACCGCAAUCAACAACAGCUGAAUUACCACAGGAAACAGUCACGACGCGUGCUCCAUCACUUAGGGGACUCUCAAGGAGACCCUCAUUGGCAGCUAGGAGAACAACAACAGCUCCCAUAAUUACCACAACAACCCCACGUGCAAGGACACCAUUGAGAGCUAGUUUUGGCAAUAGAACCCGCAUUGGUUCACUUUUCCCGCCACGAGCACUCUUUAGGCCACAACAAACGGAAAUAGAUCAACGGCUGGAUGAGGAUGAAAAUUCCGAAAGUGAAACUGAAUCAGGGAGACAGAAGCGUCAAGCUGUUGAGUAUGGGACGAGAGCACGGUACAUUGGGAGGAGAACAACCACAACGACAACAACAACACCCCAACCGUAUUUUAGAGGUUCCUACAGGAGAACUCAGCCAACAUCACGGAGAUCUCAAACGUCGUACAGACCACAGCAGCAACGACAGCGAGUCACAUCGAGGAGACCACCAACACGAACAAGAGGAAGGAUAACUGAAGCUCCGGAAUAUAAUUUACCUCCACCCGAUGGAACUCUCACUGUGACGCACUUAGUUCCAGUUUCAACGAGCGUACCAAAUAUCAUCAAUGGAAAUACGCAAUAUAGACAAAUUGUUACGCAAAGUGCAAGUGUUGAGAUUGUCUCACCGGGUGGGUAUUCCGUUUCAACGGGGGGCGAUGGACUAGCAACAACGCUCCUCAGUAAAUUAACCUCCCUUACGCCGAGUGGGGCAACAGAAGUCAUACAGUUGCACCUCAAAGAAUCCCCCACAACAACAAUUAUUUUUACACCAACAACAAUUCGCGGUAGACGGACAUCUUUCUCCCAUAUUGUCCCCACAACAGCUUACACCGUUGAAAGGAUGGUGUCGACAGUAAAUAUUGAUGCUAAUGCACCAUUAGCUAAUAUUUUAUUAUCGCAACUAUUGCUGGGAAAUUUGAAUUUUGGAAAUUUAGGCGUUGCCCAAACACCUUUUGCUAAUUUUGGGAAUUUAGCUGUUGCACCUACGGCUACACAACCAGCUACACACUACCAUACACGAUCAACGACAUUUGUAACAACGAUCACGAAUGAAUUGUCAACAGUGCUCCCCCUUACGUUCCAUGGGAAGCAAGUUUUAACAACAAUUUACGAUCGUACGCUGUCAACUGUUACAGCGACAGAGUACAUAACGGAUACAGUGGUUGAAACACCCCCAUCGCAGGUGAUACAGCAGCAACCAGCGCUAAAUAGCCUCUUGCUGCCGUUGUUGCUGCAACAGCAGGCAUCAGUGCAGGAUACAGAUGCAAAAUUGCAAGCAAUUGAGGAAGAUCCGAAGCCAUCAACAUCAGUUGUUACGCUGUAUGUUUCGGGUAGGACACCGGGGGAUUUUAGCACAUUGCUCUCAACGGUGGUUGAACGCCCAAAACGUUCGGCACCAACGGAAAUUUUAGCAACUGUGCCGCCUUUUUUAGCGUAAGCGACCCUGGCGAUCAACCCGGGGUCGCUAAGCAACACAAAACCCGUACGCUUGUAAAGCGUAGGCGCAUCACACCAACAAUUACGCCACGCCUUACACGCACACAUACCAUUAGGCGUAAGUUAACCACGACUGUCACGACGCGCCCUAAGACCUACACAUACGUCGUAGAGCGCAUCAAUGGAGCUGAGACAAUUGUAACGACAUCAACGGAAAUACGGCAUGUACCACUAACCCUUACUGUUGCUGCAACAUCAACUCAGAUCCAGCCAUCCCACGGGGUAUCCCUCUUCCCCGAACACCCAUAGCCAGAGUCUAAAACAAACAAAUCAAUUCAAAUCAAAUUAAAAAAAAAAUCAACCCCACCACUAACCCCCAGAGAGAAGACAAAUUUCGUAGUGUUAGACACACACACAACUUGUACAGAAACUCUUUUAGUUUAAUAAAUAAAUAAAUAAAAAAAAUGGAGAGCCCAAAAAGAGCCCCCUUGCCCCUCAUCUAAUCCUCCAAACCAAAAAACGAUGAAAAACGCAAUGACGCAACUGCUGACACGAUGUAUAUAUCGAUGGAAGACGUGACGACAAGCCCCAUCCAGCCUCCACAACCAACCUAACCAUGAUGAUGACCUACGAAGGCUCCAGUUUUUGCGCUGUAAAUAGAAAAAUCUUUUUUCUUAUGAUGCCUCCAACAUGACCAAAAAAAACUCACAGAACUAACGUUUCAAACGAAAAAAAUUUUGUAAAAUUUACACACGAACCAGAUGCAGAGGCAAGACUCCUCCUGACAAC